AUGACCCCCGUGGGCUCCUUCCGCCCAGACUCCCCCGACAGCUUCGACGACGAYGACGAYGAUGAUGAUGGCGGCGACUACGACGACGUGUCGCUCUCCGAGCCCGGCCGCGACCGCGGGAAGCCGCCGGCCGCAGAAGACCUGCAAAGCCAGAGGAGCAAGGGAGGCACAGGGGUCUACACCCUGGCGGGGAAGCCGGCGUCUUCGAGUCCCACCAGAGCGGGCAUGCUGGAGGCCGCAGCGCGCGAGCCGAGAGGCUGCCGGGACAAGUCGGUGGUGACGCUCUACCUGCUGGUGGCCCUCAGCUUCCUCAUGUGGGUGGCCCUCUUCUUGCUCGCCGUGGCCAAGUACUCGGAGCUUUCCGGGGAGCUGAAGGUCUUGAGCUCCAACUACUCCCAGAGCGUGCUGCAGGAGCUGGCCGAGACGCAACGGGGACAAGCCCACGUGAGGAGCAGCAUGUCCACCUACUACAAGGAGCUGCAGGGCCUCACAGCCCUGAUCUGCCAGGCCCUCCCGCACGCGCAGCCCUGCUCGCCCGGCUGGAAGGUCUUCGAGAAGAGCUGCUACUCCUUCUCCAGCGAGAGAGCCAGCUGGGACGAGGCCAAGCAGAUCUGCGCCGACCUGGGCGCCCACCUGGUCAUCGUGGACAGCGACCAGGAGCAGCCCCAAAUUAUAGAUAUUGGUGAGAACCGCAGAGCUGCCGGGUGGGAUCCAAGUGGGAAUGUCGGGAAUGGCUCAAAUCCCCUCAGAAAUGGCUCAGAUUCCAGCAGAUCCUCGUGCGAGGACCAGGUUGUUCCUCAGGGAAACGCUCGGAAACGAGCGGGAUCCUCGGGGAAAYGCUGGGAAUGGGAGAAAUUCUUGGAGAAAUGCUGGAAACGGGUUUGUGCAGAAGCAGCCGGAAACGGGGCAAAUUCUUGUGGAAAACGACUGGAAAUGGGUCGUUCCUUCCGGGAAAUGUUGGAAACAGGUCAGAUCGUCGAAGAAAUGCUGGAAACGGGUCAACUCUUUGCGGAAAUGCUGGAAAUGGCCCAAAUUCUUGGAGAAACGCUGGGAAUGAGUUAG